CUGGUGAACACUGAGUAUGAACCCAUUGGUAUUAAUUAUGUUUUACGCGGCAACACAAAAAGCUAAAUUAUGUUGAACUAUUGUUCGGCAGGUUUUAAUCAAAUUAAAAAUAUGUUUUCUUGGAACCCGAAGCACCAUUACGCCUUUGCAGUUGUAUAACCAUGAAGAGUUUAAUGUAAGAGUUAUUGGAGAAUAUCUUGACGCUUGUUUAUAUUGCAGAGAUAACAGGUUCUAUAUGCCGUGGAUAAACGCUACCAAAGGCUAAGAUCACUUACAAUGAGUAACGGCAUCUUCAUCAUCACCAGUCGUCUGCGUUAAACGUUGGCGGGAGAUCGCCAUGCCUUGCUUUAUAGAGAGCACACUUUGCUCUUAUGACAAUAUUGGUGAUAACGUCGAUGCGGCGGACAGGUUUAUUUAAAUCCCUGUUCAAUUUGACGAGCCGAUCAGUCGCUUAAGCUUUCCAAUUGAAGCCAAUCACACUGGCGCUGUGCUCCUUAUGUUUCACUACAAGGUAUGAGGAAGGCUGAGGAAUUCGUUCCAUUUUAUCGAUGUGUGAAAUUUGAUUGGUCAACCUAACUUUAAGAAAGUCCAAAAAUGGCUUCCUCUCGCUACCAAUUCCAUGAAAUUUGGAACAACAGUCUUGAAAACAAGACAAAUAAGUCAGAGCAGACCAAUUUGAAUUUAUCGGGAGAAACUUUCAUUGGUCUUACCGUUUUGUAUGCAUUUACGACUUUUUUAGCCAUAGUCGGCAACCUUUUCGUGAUCGUGGUUUUUAUAAGAGGAAAGAGGUCAAGGACGGACUUGCGUCAUUUUCUUAUUAAUUUAGCAAUUGCAGAUUUAUUAAUGGGAUUAUUCUGUAUGCCUUUUACCUUUGCAGAUGCUAUACACAACAUGUGGAUUUUUUCUGAGCCUGUAUGUCCCAUAGUUUUAUCUAUUCAGAUUAUUUCAGUUGCAGCAAGCGUUUUUACAAAUAUGGCCAUAGCAGUGGACCGCUUUCUCGUGGUAACAUAUCCACUGAAACAUCGCUUUACACAAGAACGUUCUAAGUACGUCAUUCUCGUGAUAUGGACAGCGGCGACGGCUUUGUCAUCUGUACAGUUCUUUGUGGGGCGUGCCCACAUAGACGUGGACAGCGGACACCUUGUGUGUGACGAGAUAUGGCCGUCUAAAAGGUCCAGAAAGAUUUACACCAUCACUGUGUUACUGUGUACCUACAUCGUGCCGUUACUGAUCAUUUCAGUGGCGUACGUUGUGGUGAGUUUCUUACUAUGGAAGAGGACACCGCCUGGGAAUAAGGACCACUUCAGAGACUUCCUACAGUGGAGAUCGAAAAUAAAGGUGGUGAAGAUGCUGGUGAUCGUGGUGACAAUGUUCGGGGUGUGCUGGCUGCCCCUCCACACCUUCAUGCUGGUCCGUGACUUCCAUCCCUCCCCCCACCAUGACAAACUGGAGCUGGGCAUUUAUCUCGGUGUUCAUUGGCUGGCUAUGUCCAAUAGCUUCGCUAAUCCAAUCAUCUACAGCUUCACAAACGACAGCUUUAGGGCAGAUCUUCUGACUUUGUUCUACAUGUGGUUUCCCUGCUGCACCUGUCUCAAAGGUAUGAUCAAUCGAACUUACAGUGUCGUCACUAAAGAGAGCUACCUAAUACGUCACCAGAGCAAACCGAAAAAGACGAACUCUAACCACAGAGACAAAUUGCAGAAGAAGUUGUUAAUAGUAGAGAAAAAGCCCGGAUGUUCCGGAAGUCGCAAUAUGACGUGUGACGAGGAGCAGCUGGAGUUAGUGUGUAAACUGUUUGUCGACAACGUCUCAGAACUCGGCUCUGUGCAGGCUUCCAACGACCAGUGAUACCCAAGGCUUCGUGUGGCUUAUUGGCAAUAUUGCGUCUAAUGUUUAUGAAUUAAGUAAUUAUUAGUAAAUAAAUGUAGUGGAUCAUGAAAUGCUCUUCCCGUAAUGAUUUAUUUCUUAAAAUCUGGCUAAUGCAAUCAAGAACAGAAGGCGUCACUAAUCAUAAAAUAGAUGGCACAAUUACGAUCUAUUCAUUCCUCCUUUAAUUAAAUCUUGUCCCUUUUCUCUCAAAUAUUCCGAAUCUCUAAACAAAUAACAACUGACAUUUCAUAUGUGAAAAGGUCCUCAUAUUACACAAAGCUAUUGGAUGCUUGCUGCAUUAUAUAGCAGAUACAGAUCUCAUCAGAGAGCUAUCGAGUACACCCCACAAAUAAAAUCACUGAAUGCAACAUUAUUCUUGGAAAAACAAGUACAAUAACUUGCAAAAAUUCUGAAAAUAGCAAUAUGCACGAAACUAUACAUAAUAUUUGGAACCAUUUUAGUCAGUUCAGUUUUCAAACGUUAUUUCAUGCUGCUAUAUACAGUUGUUUGCCUUUUUAAUCUGAAUAUAUAGAGAAAUAUAAUUUUGUGUUUAUAAAACUUGUGUUAGAAAAAGAGUGAUAAAAAAAUGAAGCAUUCUUUAAUCGAUCAUAAUUGUAGGCAUACUGCUAAUUAAAUGGAAUGUUUUGUAAGCUUUAUCUUGUACAGUAUUAAAUUAACGUCAAUAAUUUUAAAUGGAACUGUUUGAUCCUACCUUGGCCUGGCUAAAAGUAGUUAUUGAAAUCAAAGGCCGGAACGGCCACGAAGGCGUCGAGCUGACAUUUUUUUCUUUUAUAUAGAAUGAUACCAAUAAUUUGAAUUUCAGUACUAAUAGUCAUAUCAAAUGAUAUUAGACUUGGAAUAGAAAAAUAUAUGAAUUAUGUUUUCUGCUGCUUUAAAAACAAAAAUCAGUAUAUGUUCUAAUAAAAUAGGUAGUGGUGCUUUUUUAAUACAAUAACUCAUCAUAAUCACCAGGGAGGCAAAGUUGGGUUUUUUGUACACAAUUUAGUUGAAUAAAUGGAAGAAAAAAAUCUUGUAAUACGUUUAAUACUUUAAGGAACUUAUUUCUUAUGCGCAUUUAAAAGGCGGUGCAGAGCGUGAAUUUUUGGACGAUUGCCAAUCCAGACGAUCGCUAGAAGGCUGCCGAGCAUUAGCUCGACGCCUUAAAAACUAUAAACGUUCUUUCCAGUAUACAUAUUAAGGUAGCGGGCAUUGCAGUAAAAAUAACACGUACGGCGUCAAUGAAAUUGGUUUCCUUUGGAGUUUUUUCUUCGAUAAUUAUUACAUGUACCUCACAGCCUGUAUUUUUUUACUGUUUAAAUAUAU